AUGUCUUAUCGUCGGUUAACACUUGAAGGUCUUCCCGACAAAAUUCAGCUUAUGAUUUUUAAAUAUCUGUCUCUUUACGACUGGUAUUAUUCAUUCUUUCUGCUUAAUCGUCGCUAUAAUCAUCUUAUUAAAUAUAUCACACCAGUCAAUAUCAAUACAAAAUGGUUAGAUCAUGAUAUUGAUCGAUUUGGUAUACUCAUAUCAGCGUAUUGGGUUUGGAAUAGUAGGUUUCUAUAUUUUCUGAUACCAAGACUUCAAGCAAUUCAAUCGAAUAUUAUUCAAUGGUUAUUCUUAGCACCAGAUUCUCUUGAGCAAACCAUAAAGCAACUUGAUAAACGUGUUGUUCAUAUUAUUAAGAAAUACAAAGUUCAAUCCAAUGCUCCUGAUUUUCUUGUUAGUAAACCAAAUUACUAUUUCUGUUCGAUAUCUGACGAUUUACCUUAUCUUGAAGAAUGGAUUAGAGAAAACUAUCCGACACAGUAUGAAGUUAUACGAAAUUCUGGCCCACGUUAUCACUUGCCAAAAAGAAUAAAUCAUCAUGAUGGAAAAUAUUUGGAGAUAAAACAAGCUCUAGCAGAAGUACAACGUCUAGAAAGAUUGAAGCGAAAGAAUAUGAUCUAUGAGUGUGCACAACAAAUAUGGGCUGAAUUGAGAGGAUUAAGCGAUGUGAAUUUAUUGGAUUUAGUUGUUGAAGAUAAAGCCUAUGAUUUUUUUCCAUUAACAAUUAAUCGUUGUCAACCAAUUCCAUCAAAUUUUACAUUGUGUUAUGGACUUGGUUAUACACAAAUGUAUUUACCAAAUUUACUUAAUCAUGAAAGUAUAACUGAAAUAUUAUAUGAAUUACCAUUAUGGGAAUCACUUCUUAAUUUGGAAUGUCAUUCAAAUGCUCGAUUAUUACUUUGUUCAAUUUUAGCACCAGUUUGUCUUCAACAAACACAUGAAAGAUCGACACUUGUUUCAUUUGAUAAUAAUCAAGAUUCGAUGAUUUCAAUGACAUAUGAAAAUAAAAAAUUUUUAUAUCCAUGUCGUACACUUUGUGAAUCAGUUAAACAAAAUUGUGAACCAAGAAUGAUAAAUCAAUUUGGUUAUAAAUGGCCAAACAUGAUUGCUUGUGAACAAUAUCCAGGAGAAACAGAUCUAUGUGUUUCGCAUUCAUCAUCAUCAACAACAACUAGUACAUUACCGUCAACAACAACAACAACAACAACAACUAUUAAAAAUUUGAAUUUAUGUUCAAUGUGUCAAUCACGAGCAAGUGUAAGUGAUUUACUUAAUGAUUAUUGUCGUUCAUCAAUUGUCGUUCGUACACGUCCGAUUAAAGUAUCAUCAAUAUCGGAAAAUAAUUUUAUAUUUGCAAAUAAAUAUAAAGUUCGAUAUUUUAAAAGAUUAGAUAAUAAACAAAUUAAAUUUGAUUUUUCAAUUAAAAAUUGUUCAUGUAUUAAAUUACAUUCGCCAACUAUUUUAUUUCUUUCAUCAAAUGGUGAAAUUAUUCGAUUUAUAUCAAUUAAACGAAAUCCACGAGUUUUUAAAAGAUUUCGAAAUACAAUUGUCUUACGAAAACCUCGUUGUCAACGUCGAUUAUAA